UAAAACACGCAGCAACUCGGGGCAGUAGAACUACACACUCCAGCGCGAGACCGCACCGCACCGGUCCGCACGCACGCGCUGUCCGUUUUUCCGCCCCCCUACUUCAAAGAUAUGCGCGUGAACACACACCCCCGCGUCCGUCGUGCUGCUGCUCCUCGCGGGGAGGGAGGCUGCUGUGCUCCACCAAUCCGAACGCAGUGAGUUGUGAGAGCCGCAGACGCUGAGACGUUUCCCGGGAGCGGAACCCCAUGGCGAACGGAAACCUUUACGACAACCGGCGCAUCGUGGAAAAGUACCUGAGCCACAAGCUGUCUAAACACGGGCACGCGGGCGAGCUCCACGUGUGCGGCGCGAGCAGCCCGGACGCGCCGGAGACGCAGACGGAGGAAGAGGAGCGCGGGAGGGACGGCGCGCGCCGCGCCAACCUGCACCGGGCUCUGCGCGAGGCGGGCGACGAGCUGGAGAGUCUGUUCCGACCCGACCUGGCGGACUUGACCAAGCAGCUGCGCGCGGCCACCCCGGCGGGAUCGGAGCAGCGGCGCUUCGCGGCAGUGGCGGACGAGCUGUUCCGCGAGGGGGUCAACUGGGGCCGCGUGGUCGCUUUCUUCGAGUUCGGCGCCACGAUGUGUGUGCAGUGCGCGCCCGAAACCGAGCGGAGCGCGCGCGCCGAGAACAUCGCGCGCUGGAUGGCCGAGUACCUGAACGGCCCGCUGAGCGGAUGGAUCCAGGAGAACGGGGGAUGGGAUGCCUUUGUGGAGCUGUACACGAGGAAGAAGGACACGGUGUUCAGCAGCUCGUGGCCGUCUCUAACCACGUCCGUGUUCAGUUUGGCGGCGCUGGGGGCAGUCGGUCUGACUAUCGGGGCGUUUCUCACUCAGAAAUGAAGAACUCCAACCGUCCUCCUCUUUCUCCUUCUCCUUUACUCCCUCGUUCCUUCAGAAGAUCGUAAGAGGACGUGGAGAUGAUGUGUUCCAGUGACGUCCUCAAGUCCUUUCUCAUUCGUCCCUUAGGAAACCGAUUAAGAAUCCAUUCUGAAAUAAAAAGAAAAGAACAUCCGCUUCACCGCGUCCUGAGGAUUCCCAGCUCAUGAUAAUUCUUCCGUUUUACAUGCAAAGUUUAUCCGAGUUUUCUUAAUGAUGACUGAUUUCCAGACAAUACGACGCUUGAAGAGCAGCUUUUCGUCUGUUCCAUCACCGCUGCUGCUCCAAUCAACGCUAGCAGAUCGGGAUCAUGAGAGCACCAAGAUUAUACAGAUAGUAAGGAACUGGAAGCUUCCUGAAAAUUGCUGGAUUUAAAAAAUAAAUAAAUAAAUAAAUAAAGAGAACACUGUUGCUAGGCAACUGGGCGAAAAAAAAAGGCCAAAGGCUCCUCUCUGUUAUUCGAUUGUACAUGAGGAUAUUAGCUAGCUCUUAGCCAUAACGUAAAGGGGAAACAGCGCAGAAGGAUCCGGAACGUCAACGUUUCACGCAGAAGUGGUGAGAAAACUAUAAAGAAAAGACUAAAACAAGCCUCGAUCCACAUUCAGGCCGCUUCGAGAAGCGCUGAUCAGACGCCCGGCAGACGUGCGUUGACGUGAUCGUGGAAAAAGUGCGUCUGGAAUCGUCUCAGGAGCGUUUGGAAAGUACGGUACUCCUGUGAGGGAAAUCAAACAGUCGAUAAAGGAGAAGCAAUGCGACUGGACUCUCGGAGCUCGAACCCAGAUGGAAUUCUGUGGCAUCAUCAGUGUGAAACUUCACAGUGGACAUGACGUCAUUAUGAUUUAUAAAGUACCAAAAAAACAGCUUUUUUUAAAAAGUUCCAAACUUGUGCUUUGUGCGAAUAAAAAAACGUCCCACAAGUUUUCCUUUAUGGAAAUGUGCUGCUCAUCUCGAACACGGAUCCUCUUCACCUGAUGGCUCUCCAUAACCUUUAAUGGCAAAAGUUUGUGGACACCUGACCAUAAGAUAUGUGCUUCUUUUUUUAAACAUCCCAUUUCACAUUGAAUCCCCGUUUAUAACAAGCUCCAUUCUUCUGGGAAGAUGUUCCACAAGAUUUUGUGGAGCUACAAACGUGUUAGUAAAGUCAGGUCGUGAUGGAGGUGAGGUGAGGUGCAGAUGCUCCAGUCCGACCCGUGUAGAGCAGAUCUUCACGCGAACAUGAACAGAGGAGCAGGUUUGGGUCUCGUAGUUCAAGUCAAGGCGAAAUGUUCAUGCUCCUGCAUCCAAAGAUGUCACAUUUUUUGUGUGUCUCCAUUUUUGUAUAAAGAACCAUGAAAGGUGAGAACUUAUUGAUGGAACUUCACAGUUCAGCUGCGCUUCCAAAUAUCCAAAAUGGCCGCCGCAUCCAAGCCAUACCUGUCUUUCUUUAACGAUUACAGGCAGAGAGGAUUCCCAAUGUUUUUUUCCAAAUUGCAAGGGUGUGUGUGUGUGUGUGUGUGUGUGAGAGAAAAGUGAUUGAGAGACUGACUGAGGUAUUGAAAGUUGGUUGUCUGACAGAUAGCAGCUAAUAAUCAAACUUCGAAAAAAACAAACAAAAAAACGUUUCUUAUAAAUAGUAAUAUCACAUUUUCCUGUAAAUCAAACAAGCAGGAAUGUUCACAUGAAUCUCCAUCUGACUUUCAUUUCAUUUUAAUUUAAGGUAAUAAAUUAUUAUUAUAUUAUCAUACAGUCUGUAGCUACUUUUUAAUUUAUUUACAGGAAAACACAUUCUCAUGAAUUCCUGAUGGUAAAUUUCAAUCUGAUUCGGUGUAAUAUUGAGCGUUAGUUCACUGACGACCUCGUAUCAUUUUACGAAACUUACAAUAUAUAUAAAAAAAAACAUUUCAGAAUUAAUUUUCGAUUCGCAUCAGAUUUCUUUCUGCUAAAAUUCAGCGUUUUUGAAGAAACCAGACGUGGAAAUUCAUGAUGGAGUUGAUGUUUAAAUGUUCUUGUGUUUGUUCGGUCACAAUUUUGCAGUGAGGUGAAUCUUGGGACACAGAUUUCCUUUCGUGGAAUGAACAUGUCGAUUUUUUUUUUCGACUAAAUGAAUGGAGGGAUGAAUACGGAGGCAGAACGUGUACACGAGGAGGAUGGAAAGAAAAUGCAGGUCAGAAAGAGAAUGAAAAGGAUGAACCUGAUACAGUGAGAGAUCAGAUGUGUGUGUGUGUGUGUGUGUGUGUGUGUGUGAACAGAUUUCCUCUAAAACCCCAUUCUUUGCAUUAUUUAUUUAUGAGGUACAUUAAGAGUGAAUCCUGAACCAUUUAAAUGAAAUCAUUUUUCUUACAUUUUAUUUUCUCUCACGUCCAGAUCGUGUUUUGUUUUUUUAUUUCAAAUUACAUCUAAUAUAUAAAGCUUUUAUUAUUUUUUAUUAUUAGGAUCUUAUUUUGCUUCAUGAGAUGCUGCUUUUUGUUAUCAUUCAAACUGAUUAUUAAAUUAAUCCGAUAAAAAAAAAAAAAAGAGGAUAUUUAUUGAACAUUAACGUGUCAUCACCGGUUACCAUAGCGAUGUACUGCGGCUGUGGAAUGUUUGGAGACACGGAGUCUUUAAUGGUUUUUGAGAUGUUCCUUUGGUUUUGCUGAGAGAGAAAAAGAAAGAAUUGGACAGUGAAGGAGUGAAAGAACGUUUGAAGUCCAAACAGGACAGUUUUGUCUCUAAGAGAAGAACUUGUGUAAGACGGUGAACAGGAGAGAAGAUGUGAUCCCCUCAACCCCCACACUGACACAUGGAGGUGGGGUUUAAUGGUUUGGGCUUGUUUUGGAGCAGGGAAAGUUGGAGACUUAUUCUGGGUGAAAAGUGCCAACAUGGCAACCAUUCCAUACUUCAACACCAUGCAGUUCCGUCUGGACUGUGGCUCAUUGGAAGCGACUUCACUGUACAACAAGACGAUGAGCCGAAGCGCACGUCUGAGUUCUGCACGUGUUAUUUAGAGAGUGAACAGACGUCUGGAGGGUCUGCCCAGACACCGCACCUAAAUCCUACUGAACUGCUCUGGGAUGAACUGCAGCACAAGAACCGAAUCAAACACCAAGAAGCACAGCAAAGUAUUUCAGCUGAAUGUUUGGAGAAAUGUGUGAAAGUGUCUGGAUGCUGAGAGUGUGGCUGAGUGAGAGACUGUUCUUCAUGAUAACAGAGUUCUGGACAUUGACAUUUAAACUCAAUCUUCAGAUCGUUGCAGAUUUUGUUGCAUAGAAACCAAAGGAACAUGCACGUGUCUCAAACACCAUGAAACACUGGGAGUUUCCAGACGUCUCACAGCCACUGCACUGUCACACACUCAUAACACAAACAUAUUCAACCUUUCAUUAGUAUUUUUAUGUGUAGUUUUAUUUUAAUUUUAUCAGCUGAAAGUGUGUGUGAAAUAAAAUCUGUUUAUUUUGUCUGGUGAUGGAAAUAAAGACUUUUUCUUUUAAACUCUCA